AUGACGAUCGUCACUCCCUUGUGCAGUUUGAUCAGUCGCAUCAGCCAUAUGGCUUUGGAGGAAGCUUCGGAGUCGUCUCCACAAGCCCACUUUGACUUAUUGCGAAUGAUCGACCAGCUGAGGUCUGCUGUGGAAACGCCGACAGAGACCGUGUUGCGUCUAAUUUACCAGCCUCCUCAAAAUGCAGCAUUGCGGAUUGCCAUUGAUUUGGGCAUUUUUGCUUUUCUUGUGGAAAAGCAGCAUAGAGGAACGGGACUCUCGGCUGCUCAGCUGGCCAAGUACACAGGCGCCGAGCGUGACCUAAUUGUUCGACUGAUGCGUGUCAUGGCCUCUCUUGGGCUGUGCGCCACCCCAGCCCCCGAAGUCUAUGUCGCCAAUGAGAAGACCUCAGCACUCACUCAGCCGAUUGGAAGAGACGGGAUCCCCUGCAUAUAUGAUCUGACCUUUCCGACCUUGAGCAAGCUCCCGGAAUAUAUGCGCUUCCACGAGUAUGCCAAUCCCCGGGACUACGCCCAGUCUCCCAUGAAAUGGGCCGUUGGUCAAAGCCAAUUUGAAUGGCUUUCAAGUCAUCCCAACCAGCAGGAGCUGUUCAACUCCUAUAUGGCUAGCCGCCGGGAAGGUAAACCAAUGUGGUACGAUAUAUACCCCGUGGAGCGAUUGCUUGGCCAUGCAGUGCCAUACAAGGACACAGUUUUCGUGGUCGACGUUGGCGGCAACCAGGGACACGAUCUGAGCAAAUUUCGAAGGGAAUAUGGUCAUCUUCCAGGCAAAUUGGUCCUACAAGACUUGCCUAACGUGGUGGAGGGAGUAGAUGGUAAGGACGCAGGGAUCGAGGUGAUGGGGCACAGUUUCCUGGAUCCUCAGCCUGUGAUGGGUGCUCGCGUAUACUACUUCCGUUCCAUCUUCCACGACUGGGAUGACCACAUAAGUCGGAAGAUCCUACGAAAUACCGUAUCCGCAAUGGCACCGGACUAUUCUCGGAUUCUCAUCGUGGAUUUCGUACUGCCAGACGCCGCGACGCCCCUCAUGCAGGCCUCAUUGGACAUUCAGAUGAUGAGUAUAGGGGCUGGCAUCGAACGAUCGGAACAACAGUGGAGGGACCUCCUGUGUAGCGCCGGACUAGAAAUCACGGGUAUUUGGAACCAGAGUCCUGCCAUGGAGUCAGUGAUCGAAGCGGUCCCGAGGUUGAGAUAG